AUGGUCAGUCCGGGUAUCAGCAUGGAGGAAGACGGCAUGGAUUUUGCGCUUUCUCAAGCCCUAGAUAUUAUUGAGGCCGAAGAAUCCCUAAACGAAUUGUCGCUGACCCAAACAGUUGAACUGUAUGAAGUCGAACCUGCUGAUUUUGGUGAGUUUUCUAUGCUGCAAGAAUUUGAUGCGAUAAUCCCUGACGAUAUUCAAGAAAACAAACGUUUUGCAUCGCCCGUCGAAGAGGAGGAAAUAGACAAUAUUAAAAAGUCGUAUGAAAGCAAAAACACGCGGAAAAACACAAACUGGAGUGUUAGUACAUUUCAGGAAUGGAGAAAAAACAGAAUACAAAUUACUGAAGCGUCCAUGCCUGAAUUGACUCUAACAACUAAUGAAACCGAAAUGAAUGACAUAAUGACAAGGUUUGUCCUUGAGUCGAGGCGUAAAGAUGGUGCGCAGUACCCACCAAGAUCUCUGUAUCAGUUGUGCGUGGGCGUCCUGAGGUAUCUUCGAGAAAAUGGAAACAGUUUAAACUUUUUGGAUGAAAAAAAUCUCAAUUUUCAAGGAUUUCGACGAGCGCUGAGUGCGAAAAUGUCUGAGCUUACUGCUCAGGGAGUUGGAGUCAUAAAACGACAAGCUGAACCCCUGUCCGAAAAAGACGAAAAAAUUCUUUGGGAGAAAAACAUUUUAGGGAAUUCGUCUUCAAAAUCAUUACUGAAUUCAGUCUUUUUUUACAAUUGCAAACUAUUUGGUUUAAGAAGUGUCGACGAACAUAGGAACCUAUCGAUUGAUCAGUUUGAGCUUCACGAUGAUGGAAAUGAAAGACCGUACAUCAUUUUCAAAGGGCGCAUCAGUAAAACUUACAAAGGUGGUCUGAACCAGCGGAAUAUUUCGCCAAAAAUCAUCAAGCAUAUGUUCUGUGAUGAUGAGUUGUACAACGUGUAUAAGGAGUAUGUUUGCCUCAUCCUUAGUCUUGACAGUGAUCCGACCGCACCCUUCUAUAGACGAGCGUUAGACGGCAGGAAAUUUAGCAAGCAGUGCAUCGGCGUCAACAGACUGUCAACCAUGAUGAAAUCCAUGUGUCAAGAAGGCGGGUUGGAGGGUAAUUGUACCAAUCACUCCGGGAAGCGUACAUGUGCGACCGCGUUAUAUCAGGCGGGAAUAGAGGAACAAGAAAUUAUGGCCCGAACGGGCCAACGUUCCAUAGAAUCUGUUCGACAGUAUAAAAGAGCAUCAGAUGAAAUAGUAAUGGAGGUAUCGAACGUCUUAGAGCCAAAACGCAUCAAGAUAAAAUCAGAGGAAGCAACUUCUACUAUUUCUGCAUCUGCCUCCCCAGAUCCGCCACCCUCCAUGGAUACAGACGUUCCUGGUCCAAUUUUCACCCACUGUACCUUUAAUUUCGGCGGAUUUUAACUGGGGUA